AUGGCAUCUGCUGCUGCAGAGAGCUCGAAGCGAGCAGCUGCUGAGGAUUUGGCGACUGCGCCCACUGCCGACACUUCUCCUGCCGUCCCGGACGCGAGCAACAGCAGCAGCAGCAGCAACAGCAGCCGCAGCAGCAGCAGCCGCAGCAGCAGCAGCCACAACUACGGCGUGGCCCUGGGGGCUGUAGGCGCUGCUGUCUCCGUCACUUUGCUGCAGUACCUCCCGCGGCUGCUCUCUGCUGAAGGCAGACAGGCUCUGCGAGCAGCACUUGCAGGGGCUGGCAGCAGCGACUGGUUUUUGCUGUUUUGCUGCAGCAUUUUCUUUUGCGGAUGCAUUGGCAGCAUUUUGUACAACGCGCACUUGGCGCACAACUGCAGGCUCGAGCGGUUCGUUGCUGCGCUGGUGCGGCAGCAGCGCAGGCAGCAGCAGCAGCUGCUGCUGCAGCAGCAGCCGCUGCCCGAGCAGCAGCAGCAGCUGCAGGACCGAAACGCGCAGCAACGCGAGCAGCUCGAGCAGCAGCAGCAGCAGCAGCACCCACACGGGGAGGACAGCGAGUGCUGCUGCUGCGAUGAGGAAGAAGACAGAAUUGGCGUCUUGUUUGUCACAGCUCAUCCUGAUGAUGAGUCCAUGUUCUUCGCUCCUUCUAUUUCUCUCUUUGCUUCCAGCAAAGAAAGAUUUGAAGUUUUCGUGCUGUGUCUGUCCACGGGCGACUACGAGGGGCUUGGCUCAGUGAGGUCUGCGGAACUGGCAGCAGCAGCUGCUGCCUUCUGUGUCCCAAAGGAGAACUUUGUUUGUUUGGAUGAAAAGGAAAUGAAAGAUGGCUGGACGAAAUGGGACAGCAAGGCAGUUUGUGCUGCCGUGAAGUCAUUUGUGGAGAAGAGAAAACAAAUUCAAGUUAUUUUCUCCUUUGAUGAACUCGGGGUGUCUAGACACCCCAAUCAUUGCAGCGUCUACGAGGGACUUCGGCUCUACAACGCAGAGAUCCUUGAAACAUGCAAGGAGCAGCAGAAGCAGCACCAACAGCAGCGGAAGCAGGAGCACAAGCAGCAGCAGCAGCAGCAGCUGCAACUGAGAAAGGAUGAAGCGCAAGCAGAUUCGGAAGCUGGAACGCAGAGAAAAAGCCGGCAGCAGGAGGCCGAGGAUGAGCAGCAGCAGCGGGAGCAGCAGCAAAUGCAAGACAUGCAGCUGCUGCCUUCAGUGUUCAUCUUCUCCCUGCAAAGCUAUGGUCUGCUUCGCAAGUACUCGGGUGUUCUCAAUCUCAUACCAGCAACUAUUGACGCUAACAACAAGGGCGUAGACGUUGCAGCAUGUGUCACUCCAAGAGCUUCCGUCAGGGGGAUGCUGUGUCAUUCUUCCCAGCUUGUUUGGUUCCGUUGGCUUUUCGUUCUCUUCUCCAGCUCAGAUACAUGCAAAGGCGGGCAGCUGAAGCAGCCAUAUCAAGGACAUGCCAUUGCAUCCUUUUCUCCUGCUGCUGCUGCUCUCGCUGCUGCUUCCUCAGUAACUGCUGUGGCUCCUUUUCUUUCUAUAUUCCAUUUGACGGUCACUCGGAGCCUUCCCGGCACCAAAGGCUGCCUGUAUGGCGACACGGCGCAGUUGCUGGUGCUAGAGAACCAGCAGCAGCAACAGCAGCGGCAGCAACUGGUGCAGUUGCAGCCGGCCCUGUAG